AUUGUUGACUGCUCUUUCUGAAAGUAGGCGCUCAUAGGACAUGACAUCCUCUACUAGUGUGUAGGUGAUCCGCUGGAGCGAGACUCACCAGAAGUAUAUGUUCACUCUAGUAUAUAUUUUGAGCUCUGCUUCUUAGUGGGGAGAAAUUACGAUAGUGGGGAGAAUUGCGAUAGUUUUCCCUGUAUUACCUGUUUAAUCCAAAGUAGCGAAAUAGUAGCGUUCAUACUCUACUUUUACUUUGUUUACUCCGUGUCUAUGUUUCUGCCUGCGAGUCCUUAAAGCCUCACAUCCGACACGCAGAACAGUUCACUUUUCGUCUUUGCCGGAAAUCGGAACUGAUACACGCUUCUGCUUGGGUCCAAGUGGAGUGUUACACCUGGACCAAGCUGCACUUUUGUAGAAGGCAUAGCUACAUGGAGGUCCACAUUUGACUCAUUUUAGCUUCCUCACCUUCUCUCUCUUUCUUCCCCCACAUUGUGUGUGAUUGUGGGGGAUGAGCUCAGAAGAGAAGAGCUCCACCAUGUCCCAAAAGAUCUCCUCUCUAUCCCGCAGCAACAGCAGCACCUCAUCCAAACAUGACAGCCGACAGGACAGCUGGGAGAUUGUGGAGGGGCUGCGUGGUGGCUUAGGAAAUGUUCAGCCGCCUGAGAGACAGGAGGGCUUCAUGCUGAAGAGACGAAAAUGGCCCAUGAAAGGCUGGCACAAGAGAUACUUCUUCUUGGAUAAGGGAAUUCUGAAGUAUGCCAAGUGCUCAGCAGAUAUGGAGAAGGGCAAGCUUCAUGGCCGCAUUGACGUGGGUCUGUCUGUCAUGGCCAUAAAGAAGAAGUCCAAGUGUAUUGAUCUGGAUGCAGAGGAAAACAUCUACCAUCUUAAGAUCAAGUCUCAGGAGCUGUUUGAUGAAUGGGUCUGUAAGUUGCGUCACCACCGGCUGUACAGGCAGAAUGAGAUCGCCAUGCUGCCCCCUGAGAAACCACUCUACAGCCCUCACUUCCCCGCCACCUCCUCGCCCAGCUUCAACGAGAGCCAAGCUGCCAGAAAGCGUGCUUCUCUUGCCAAGCAGACUUCUCUGCACGCACCCAUCACCUUCACCGGUCAGGCUAAGGUGGCCGCCUGGCUCCAGUGCUCUGACGACAUGGACAAGUGUUCCAAAGAGCUGUCUGAGUGUGAGGCUCAGUUGCUAGAGCUGAAUCACCUGCUGAGGAGUAUGGAAGUUCUACACCGCACCUAUUCUGCACCUGCUAUCAAUGCCCUGCAGUCAUUUGCUUAUGACAGCCCUAAAAAAGAAAAAAGACAUUCCAGGAAAUGGCGUUCCAAACAUUACAACAAGGACAACAAAACUACGCUGCAGGUCCCCAGCUGUAUCUCCUCAGGUUCCAUGCGUCUCCACGCCUCCAAUCCCAACCUCUCCUGUGCUGAUCUGGCCAUUGAAAAAAGCUAUCCAGAGCUCCUUGACUUGCCCAUAGACGUGUCCAAACUUCAAGAAGAUUUCUGCCGUGUUGCCAGCAGCUUGCACACUAACCUGAAGUCGACUCUGGGCUCCUUGAAUGCAGAGAAAGAGAAACUGAGGCAGAUGAUGGAGCAGGAGACAUGCACAGCUCCUUCUGUACAGCUCUUAGGACUGAAGAGUGCUCUGGCUUCUGCUUUAGCACAGAACUCUGAUCUGAGAGAGCGCCUCUGCAAGAUACACAUAGAGUCGCAUAUCUCAGAGCCUGCCGUCCUUAAAAACUUCAGUACUGGCUCGCUGCAGAAGCAGGAAUCCUCAGACUGCUCCCGCCACCUCGUCCACCAGGCGUCAAACGAGAGCCGAGCUUCCAUUACAGAGUCCCUGUCUGAGUUCUUUGACGCUCAAGAAGUCUUGCUUUCAGCGAGCUCCUCUGAGAACGAGCCUUCAGAUGAUGACUCGUACAUCAGCGAUAUCAGCGAUAAUAUCUCCAUGGACAACUUCAGCAACGAGGUCCAGAAUGAGAGACUUGACUCAGAUUGUAUUGAGAACGGUGUUCCCCAGGGAAAGCGACGUUCUAUGCUCCCAUCUCCGAGCCCCAACACCAGCAACAUCAGUCUCUGGAACAUCCUGAGGAAUAACAUUGGAAAGGACCUGUCCAAGGUGGCCAUGCCAGUGCAGCUGAACGAGCCACUCAACACCCUGCAGAGGCUGUGUGAGGAGCUGGAGUACAGCGAGCUGCUCGACCGAGCCGCACACACACAGGAUCCGUUCGAACGCAUGGUGUACAUUGCAACGUUCGCUGUAUCGGGCUAUGCCUCCAGUUACUACAGAGCAGGAGGAAAACCUUUCAACCCGGUGCUGGGGGAGACAUACGAGUGCGACCGGCCAGAUAAAGGAUUGCGCUUUAUAGCGGAGCAGGUCAGCCAUCACCCUCCUAUAUCUGCAUGCCAUGCUGAGUCGAAAAACUUCAUCUUCUGGCAAGAUGUGAGGUGGAAGAACAAGUUCUGGGGGAAGUCCAUGGAGAUUGUUCCUGUUGGCACUACUCAUGUAGUGCUCCCUGGUUUGGGAGACCACUAUGAGUGGAACAAAGUGACGUCGUGUAUUCACAACAUUCUGAGUGGUCAGCGUUGGAUCGAGCACUAUGGGGAAAUCUCCAUUAAGAACUCUAGCAGCGAUAUCUGUCAGUGUAAAGUCACCUUCGUCAAGGCAAAGUACUGGAACUCCAGUAUAUACGAGGUAGAGGGAACAGUCAUGGACCAUAAAGGCAAGGUGAUACACAAGCUGUUUGGGAAGUGGCAUGAGAGUAUAUACUGUGGAAGCCCACCAUCUGCUACAUGCAUCUGGAGAACCAAUCCAAUGCCUGCUGACUACGAGCAGUACUACGGCUUCACUAAGUUUGCUCUUGAGCUGAAUGAACUGGAUCCACAGACCAAACCUUUACUGCCGCCCACGGACACGAGAUUACGUCUCGAUCAGAGAUUACUGGAGGAGGGGAAUGUUGAGGCUGCAGAAACACAGAAGCAAAGAAUCGAACAGCUACAGAGAGAUAGGCGCAGAGUCCUCGAGGAGAACAACAUGGAACAUCAGCCACGGUUCUUCCAGAAAUCAAAAGAUGACACAUGGAUCAGCAACAACACUUACUGGGACCUGAGGAAAGAUCCAGGCUUCAGUAAUCUGGAUUGUCCAGUGCUGUGGUGAACUACAUCUGAACAGUGCUCACUCACAAGCCUCUUCUUUCUCCUCACAACUGCCUGCUCUGAAUUUCUGUGUAUGGAACAAAAGCACAUCUGACAGUGGAGGGUGGAAACAGACCCUACAGAGGAAGGCAAUUUUUUUUGCCUGAUAAUCAAACUGAAGAAGAACUUUAUUAGAACUGCAACACUGUUUCCAGUAACUUCACCAUAUUCAAGCACCCUUCAUUAUGUAAUAUUCGAUUUUAAAUGCCUUAAUAUGCUUCUAUUAUAUUUUACAUUAUGUUUAUGCAGGCAUCUUUCUUGAAUGUCUAGAAAUUAUGCAAACAUAGCCCAGUUUGUCAUCUGUAUCACUGCUGUGUGCAACUAGUAGCACAGAAAAUACUGACACACACACUGUUGCAUACUGUACACUUACAGUACAGAGUGAUACUACAGGCAGUAAAAUGCCUGAGUCCUGCCUGAAACAAAAGAACUUUGCGCAUGCAUGUCUGAAAAAUGCUGUCGUCUUAUCAAAGUAACAUUGUCUACCUCCUAAAGAGAUGGUACUCUUGUGUACAAUAUGAGGAACAUAUUGGAGUAUGAAUUCCACACUUGUCUUAUGCCUUAUGGUCACACAUAUUCCAUAAUGUCUUUAUUAUAUCCUUUAAUCAUGUUUAAAAAACAAACACAAACACACACACACACACACACAACAUGUGUCACAAUGUUGCUAGCAUCUGAGAAAUAAUCACACAGCUUUGUUUCAAAUAAUAAAUAGUCACCAUACUGCAUUUGGAUGUUUAGCUGAAUGUUUCAGCUUUUUUUUGUAAUCCAUGUCCAUCAAGUUCUUCCUGGAAAAGAGAGCAACUGAGGAAAUCACACUGACUACUGCUACGUUUCAUCUCUUCAAUAAAUCAAAUCUCUGACUAGCUUUUUAUUGUUAUUUAUUAUAUUCUGAUGCUCCAUUCACUGAAUAAAGUGAUGCUCACUGUUUUAUCCUG